AUGGAUGUGUACACCUUAGAAUGCCAUGAAAGCAAGAAGUUGAAAGUAUUGCAUUUGCUUCGACGAUAUUUGGGCGAAUAUGUCCAUGGACUUUCGUCAGAGGCCUUAAGAAUCAGUGUCUGGAAAGGUGACGUGGUUCUAAAAGACUUGAAAUUGAAGGCAGAGGCACUCAAUUCAUUAAAACUUCCUGUUACUGUAAAAGCUGGUUUUGUUGGUACCAUAACAUUAAAGGUUCCUUGGAAAGGUCUUGGAAAAGAGCCUGUGAUAGUUCUUAUAGAUCGUGUGUUCAUUCUUGCUCAUCCAGCUUCUGAUGGAAGGUCUCUUACGCCUGAGGAGCGGGAAAAGAUUUUUGAAUCGAAGCUUCAACAGAUUGAGGAAGCCGAGACAGCAACACUUGAUGCAAUAUCAAAAGCAAAGCUUGGAAAUGCGCCUGCUGGAAAUUCAUGGUUGGGUUCUUUGAUUGGUACAAUUAUAGGAAAUCUUAAGAUCUCAAUCGGAAAUGUCCAUGUCAGAUAUGAGGAUCCUAUUAGCAAUCCAGGACAUCCUUUUGCUGUUGGUUUUACUCUGGCAAAGCUUGCUGCUUUUACAGUGGAUGAAAAGGGGAAUGAAACAUUUGACACCAGUGGUGCACUAGAUAAAUUGCGAAAGUCAUUGCAACUUGAAAGGCUUGCUAUGUAUCAUGAUUCCAACCGACCUCCUUGGAAGGUGGAUAAGAAAUGGGAAGAUCUCAGUCCUAAGGAUUGGGUUGAUAUAUUUGAAGAUGGAAUAAAUGAACCUGCCAAGGGUCAUGCAGUUUCUGUAUGGGCUCGAGAUCGCCACUACUUAGUUUCACCAAUUAAUGCUCUUCUCAAGUAUCACCGCUUGGGGAAUGAUGAGAGAACUGAUCCAGAAAUGCCUUUUGAGGAGGCCCAUCUUAUUCUUGGUGAUGUUUCUCUGACACUCACAGAGGCACAAUAUCAUGAUUGGAUUCGACUUCUUGAGGUCAUAUCAAAAUAUAAGUCAUAUGUUGAGGUGUCACAUUUAAGGCCUGUGGUGUCAGUUAAAGAGGGUCCUAAACUGUGGUGGGAUUAUUUUGCUCAAGCUGCAUUGCAGCAGAAGAAAAUGAGCUAUAGGUUGUCUUGGAGCCAAAUUCAGCACUUCUGUCGUCUUCGUAGGCGAUAUAUUCAGCUGUAUGCUGGUAUACUCCAACAGUUGAAGGAUUCUGAUGACCCAGAAGCUAGAAGUAUUGAGAGAGAUCUUGAUCCAAAAGUUAUUCUUCUAUGGAGGUUCCUUGCACAUGCAAAAGUUGAAUCUGUGAAAUCAAAGGAAGAAGCCGAGCAGAGGAUGAAAAAAAAGGAUAGCUGGUUUUCAUUUGGAUGGAAUGGGUCAGAGCAAGAUGCUCUUGAGGGAGCUCAAAGUGCUGAGAACGGAUUGAGCAAAGAUGAAUGGCAGACGAUUAAUAAUUUUUUGAGUUUCCAACCAGAUGAAGAGGCGGCAACACAGUCAGGAAAAGAUAUGCAAAAUAUGACACAGCGAAUGAUACUUGUGUCCGUUGGUCAGGCUGCUGCAAGGAUUAUUAAUAUAAAUGAAACUGAAAUUGUGUGUGGUAGAUUUGAACAACUUCAAGUCUCUGCCAAGUUUAAACAUAAAAGUAUAUAUUGUAAUCUCACUUUGAAGUACUAUGGAGUUUCUUCCCCUGAAGGUUCACUUGCUCAGAGUGUCUGCAAUAAGCAGAAGGCAAAUGCAUUGGGUGCUAGUUUUGUGUAUUUACCUGCUGGAGAGAACCUAGAGUGGAGGGCUUCAGCAACAAUAUCUCCUUGCCAUGUCACGGUCUUGAUGGAUAGCUGUAACCGCUUUCUGGAAUUUAUGAAGAGGAGCAGUUCUGUUAGCCCUACAGUUGCUUUUGAAACAGCAACUGCUUUGCAGAAUAAGAUAGAAAAGGCGACUCGUCGAGCUCAAGAGCAAUUUCAAACAGUUUUAGAGGAGCAAAGCAGAUUUGCUCUUGAUAUUGACCUUGAUGCUCCAAAAAUCAGAGUUCCUAUAAGAUUAAGUUCCUCGUCAGAGUAUAACAGUCAUUUUCUUUUGGAUUUUGGUCAUUUUACAUUGCGAACAGAGGAGGACCAGCCUGAUGAUAAAGGACAAGCCUUGUAUACCCGUUUUAAUAUUUCUGGAAGGGAUAUAGCUGCCUUCUUUACCGAUGGUAGCUCUGAGAUUCUUGAAUCUCUGAAUAAUAGUAGUCAGCUUUCUGCAUAUCCUGUUGUGGAUGGUGCUUGUGUUUCAUAUUCUCUGGUUGAUAGAUGUGGGAUUGUUGUUAUCGUUGAGAAGAUUAAAGUACCUCAUCCAUGCCAUCCAUCAACUCGUGUUUCUGUCCGAGUUCCUACACUUGGUAUUCGCCUUUCACCAUCAAGAGUCAGCCGGAUUAUGGAACUCUUGAAGGUACUCUCUGGUACCAUAGAAAGUGGGACAAAGCUUGUAGAAGAAUAUCAAGCUGAACAUACCCCAUGGAGUUCCUCUGAUCUUGCAAAUGAUGUUCAAAUACUUGUUUGGAGGGGGAUUGGCUAUUCAGUUGCUUCAUGGCAGCCCUCACAUCUUGCUUUGGCUGGAUUGUAUCUUUAUCAGUUGGAGUCUCAGACAUCUACCAACUAUCAGCGGUGCACUAGCAUGGCUGGUAAGCAAGUCUAUGAAGUACCUCCCGACAGUCUUGGCGGUUCUUCUUCUUGUAUUGCUGUGUAUAAUAGAGGCAUGGACAUCCAGAAGGCUUUAGAGUCUUCCAGUACGUUGGUUGUAAAGUUCCAGAACGAGAAGGAGAAAACAAGUUGGCUUAGAGGACUUGUACAAGCAACCUACCGAGCUUCUGAUACUCCAUCAGUUGAUAUGCUUGCAAAACAAGGCGAAAGUGUUGGUGAUAUCGUUGCAGAGACUUCUGAACCUACUGAACCUGGUUCUACUGAAACGAAUGCAGCUGAUCUUGUUCUUCAUGGAGCUUUGUUGGAAACAAAGAUCACAAUAUAUGGGAAGAUGGAGACUGAGGGGCAUGAAGUUGUGGAGACUCCGUUUCUUGAGAUUCUUGCCGCUGGAGGAAAGGUGUCUGUUGAAUCUUGUGAAGGGGAUCUAACAGUGAAGAUGAAUUUACACUUGUUGAAAGUCAAAGAUGAACUUCAAGAUUCUUCAUCAGGUCCAUAUUAUCUGGCUUUAUCCGUUGUGGAGAGCUUCCGUCCCUGUCCUACAAACCCUCCUCAGGUGGAGGAGAUAUCGGCAGGCGUGGCCGAUGAUGACGAUGAUUUCGCAGAUGCCGAAGAUGAUUUCCUUGAACCCGUGGUUCAUGAGAAAGAUCGUGGAGCUGGAGAUGAAUUUUUUGAAGCAGAAGGCAUUGAUGAAACUGAUUUUGUGUCAGUUACCUUCUUGAAACGGACCCCACAAUCCCCUGAUUAUAACGGUAUAGAUUCUCAGAUGAGCAUCAGCAUGUCAAGAUUUGAAUUUUUCUGCCACCGCCCUACUAUUGUUGCUUUAAUUGAUUUGGGCAUUGAUAUGGGCACUGCAAGUAGUGGGACAAGUGGUCCUGCUCCAUCAGAGGAAGAGGAUGCAACUUCAGUGCAAAAAGACAAAGCUGAAGAAAAUGAGCUAGCAAAAGCUGAUGAAAAUGAGCAAGCAAAAGUCAAGGGUUUAUUGGGACAUGGGAAAUCCCGAACUGUAUUUUCCAUGGCAAUGAAUAUCGACAGUGUCAUUGUAUAUCUUAACAAGGAGGAUGGAUCUCAACUUGCAACGAUUGUGCAAGAAAGCUUCAUGUUGGGUCUUAAGGUUCACCCUGGUUCUAUAUCAGUUGAAGGUACAUUAGGAAAUUUCAGGCUGUGUGAUUGUUCACUAGGUACGGAUCAUGUUUGGGGAUGGAUUUUUGAUAUACGGAAUCAAGGAGCUGAAUCUCUUAUCCAGUUCUCAUUUGAGUCCUACAGUCCUGAAGAUGAUGACUAUGAAGGAUAUAACUUUAGCUUGAAUGGCAAACUUUCUUCCAUUCGUAUUGUUUUCCUCAACAGGUUCAUUCAAGAGCUCGUUACAUAUCUUGUGGCACUGGCGCCUCCAGUUUCAGAAGAAGCGAUCAAGUUUGUUGAUAAAGUUGGAGGGUUUGAAUGGUUGAUUAAGAAGUAUGAGAUGGAUGGAGCUGCUGCAAUGAAGUUGGACCUCUCAUUAGAGACUCCAAUAAUAGUGGUACCACGGGAUUCCAAUGGCACAGAUUUCUUGGAAAUUGAUCUAGGCCAUUUGAAAGUGACCAAUGAAGUUAGUUGGCAUGGACCAGCGGAAGAUCCAGCAUCUGUUCAUCGUGACAUUAUGCAUGCACAGAUCUUUGGACUCAAUAUGGCUGUUGGAGUAAAUGGUGUUGUAGGGAAGCCAAUGAUACGUGAAGGCCGUGACUUUCAUAUCUUUAUCAGGCGCAGUCUAAGAGACAUUUUUCGCAAAGUUCCAAAUUUUGCCUUGGAAGUGAAGAUAGGCUCAUUGCAUACCGUGGUGUCUGACAAAGAAUAUGGUAUCAUCACCAACUGUCUUGCCAUGAAUUUGGGUGAACAACCUAACCUCCCUCCUCCUUUCCGUGACAUAAACUCUGACAACUCGGAUACAAUACGCCUCCUGGCUGAUAAAGUCAACAUGACCAGUCAAGUUUUCUUGUCACGUUCAGUCAACAUAAUGGCAGUUCAGAUGGAUCAUGCACUGCUAGAGUUGUGCAAUGGCAUUCAAGAGGAUACACCUUUAGCACAUAUCACUCUGGAGGGCUUGUGGCUUUCGUACAGAAUGACUUCUUUUUCAGAAAUGGACUUAUACAUCACCCUUCCCCGGUUUUCGAUUUUGGAUGUUCGUCCAGACACCAGACCUGAAAUGCGGUUGAUGCUUGGGACAAGCACUGAUGUUCUCAAACCAGCUUCUACUAAAGGUGGAUUUGUAAGAUGUGAAACUAUGACCACCAACGUGGAUGUACCACAUUCAACCAUGGUAUUGAUGGAUCUCAGAAUGAGGGCAUCAUCUCAACUGCUUGUGGUUCGGAUUCAACUCCCUCGAGUUCUUGUUGUUCCUGAUUUCCUUCUUGCAGUUGGUGAGUUUUUUGUCCCGGCUUUGGGAGCCAUAACUGGAAAAGAGGAAGUCAUGGAUCCUAAAAAUGACCCAAUCAGUAAAAACAACCCGAUAGUUCUAUCUAGCACGAUGUAUAAACAGAUUGAAGAUGAGGUAACCCUCACACCAAAUCGCCAGCUAGUAGUAGAUGCUGCAGGAGUUGAUGAAUAUACUUAUGAUGGAUGUGGAAAAACUAUAAUUUUGAAUGAGGAUCUUGAUCAGUCACAAUCUUCAGAAUUCCGACCCAUUAUUAUUAUUGGAAGGGGUAAAAAACUGCGGUUUGUAAAUGUCAAGAUUAAGAAUGCUAUGCUCUUGACGGAUUACACAUACUUGAGUAAUGAUAGCAGUUUCUCGACCUCUGUUGAUGAUGGUGUAGAAGUUGUGGUUCAGGACAUUGUUGCUUCAAUCAAUGAAAAAAAGAGUUCAGAUAAAGCUGAAAAAAUCUUAAACUCCUCAAGUACUUCUGAAACCACUCAAACCGAAACAUCUAAACCAAGUAUCAGUUUCGAGGCUCAGGUGGUGUCUCCUGAAUUCACUUUUUAUGAUAGCAGCAAACCAUCCGUUGAUGGUUCCUUUAGUGCUGAAAAACUACUUCGUGUAAGAAUGGAUUUGAGCUUCAUGUUUGCAUCAAAAGAAAAUGAUACAUGGGUUCGAGCUCUUCUCAAGGAUUUAACUGUUGAGGCUGGUUCUGGUCUUAGAAUUCUUGAUCCAGUGGAUAUCUCUGCCGGAUUUACUUCUGUAAAAGAUAAAACAAAUAUAUCAUUGAUUUCUACUGAUAUUUAUGUCCAUUUAUCUCUAAGUGCCAUCUCCCUGAUUCUUAAUCUACAAAAUCAAGCGGUCAAUGCCUUGCGUUUUCAAAAAGCUGAUCCUUUGUCUCCUUGUACCAACUUCGAUCGCGUUUGGGUGUCUCCAAAAGCGAAAGGGCAUCAUAAUGCCAUUACAUUCUGGAGACCUCGAGCUCCCUCCAAUUAUGUCAUUUUGGGAGAUUGUGUGACUUCCAGGCCUAUUCCUCCUUCACAAGCUGUUAUGGCUGUGAGUAAUACAUACGGGCGUGUAAGGAGGCCUCUGGGGUUCAAGCUUGUUGGGUUAUUCUCUUGUAUCCAAACACCUGAAAGACCAGAAGAUUGUCCAGGUGUUGAUUCCGACUGUUCUCUAUGGGAACCAAUUGCACCCCCAGGAUACCUAGCUGUAGGAUGUGUUGCACAUAUUGGAAACGAACCGCCACCUAAUCACAUCGUCUACUGUAUCCGUGCUGACCUGGCAACAUCCACAGCGUAUUCAGCAUGCAUGUUCAACGCUCCCCCAAACAACACAUAUACAUCAGGAUUCAGCAUAUGGCGACUGGACAACUUUGUUGGAUCAUUCGAUGCAAAUCCUUCUAUUAGCUGUCCCCCACUCGACAGAUGCUAUGAUCUUAACCUUCUUCUUCUUUUGAACUCGAGCUGGCGUCGUCUCUCUGGAAGAGAACCCAGGUCUGAUACAAAUGUUGACCAGGAGACUACAAACCAACAAACCAAUAACAACAAGGAUACAACUUUAUCUUCAUCAAAUACCAAAGCUAGUUGCUCCAUGUCAACUCCAAAUUUUGAAAGGAUCUGGUGGGACAAGGGCUGUGAUACCCGCAGACCAAUGUCCGUGUGGCGACCUAUUCCACGUCCCGGAUUUAAGAUUUUAGGUGACUGCAUAACUGAAGGUUUGGAGCCACCUGGGUUGGGGAUAAUUUUUAAGGCUGACAGUGGUGACCUCUGUGCAAACCCUGUUCAGUUCACUAAAGUUGCUCAUAUUAUAAUCAGAGGUGUGGACGAGGCCAUUUUUUGGUACCCAAUUGCACCUCCAGGUUAUGCUUCUAUGGGCUGUGUAGUUACUCGUGUAGAUAAAAUGCCAAAAUUGAAUAUCCUUUGCUGUCCAAGGAACGAUCUUGUUACCCAAGCUAAUAUUCAUGAGAAUCCAAUAUCCAAAUAUCAAAGUUCAAAAGUAAACCAAAGCUGGAGUAUCUGGAAAGUUGAUAAUCAGGCCAACACUUUCCUUGCACGGUCCGACAUGAAGCAGCCUUCAAGCCGCCUGGCGUUUACUAUUGGUGAUUCUGUGAAACCAAAGACACGAGACAACAUAAUGGCAGAAAUAAAAUUGAAAUGCUUCUCUCUAACCAUUUUAGACAGUCUGUGUGGAAUGAUAACACCUUUUUUUGAUGUUACUGUCACCAACAUUAAGCUUGCGACACAUGGCGGAAUGGACUCCAUGAAUGCUGUGCUGAUUUCCUCGAUUGCUGCAUCAACUUUUAACGCACAUUUAGACUCAUGGGAACCCAUUGUGGAGCCAUUCGAUGGAAUAUUCAAAUUUGAGACAUACGACACGAAUGAGCACGCAGGAAAAAAAGCUCGGAUUGCAGCUACAAGUGUCCUUAAUGUAAACAUUAGUGCUGCAAAUAUUGAUACUUUUGCUGAAACCAUCCUUGCUUGGAAAAGACUGAGAGAACUAGAACAAAAGGAAAUCAAGUCAAAUGAGGAAACUAGCAGUCGUAUCAUUGAUGAAGAUGAUUCACUUUUUUCUGCAUUGGAUGUGGACGAAUUCCAGACAGUAACCAUAGAGAACAGACUUGGAUGUGACAUUUACUUGAAGAAGUUUGAUCAAAGUUCUAAUGCAGUUAGCCUGCUGCACUAUGAUGAUAGUGCUUCUGUGUGGAUUCCACCUUCAAGAUACUCGGAUCGAUUAAAUGCGGUUGAGGAUUCAAGGGAGGGACGAUGUUAUGUUGCAGUCCAGAUAAUCGAAGCCAAGGAUCUACCAACUGUUGAUGAUGGAAAUAAUAAUACCUUCUUCUGUGCACUUCGGCUUGUUGUUGAUACUCAAGAGGGAAGUCAACAGAGGCUGUUCCCUCAGAGUGCAAGGACCAGAUGCGUUCAGCCAUUGAUUUCCAUAGCUAAUGAUCUUGGCAAUGCCACAUGGGAUGAACUUUUUAUCUUUGAAGUUCCUCGCAAGGGGAUGGCUAGGUUGGAGGUUGAAGUGACUAAUCUUGGAGCCAAAGCAGGAAAAGGUGAAGUUGUGGGUGCUUCAACAAUCUCAGUUGGACAUGGUGCAAAUCCCUUGAGAAAGUUAGCCUCAACUAGAAUGUUGCAACAGGCAACUGGGGGUCAGAAAGCCGCCACACACCUUCUAAUGAGAAGGGGUCAACAAAAGACCGAUGAUUUGCCUUUUCAAGGGUGUCUGGUAGCCUCUACGUCCUAUUUUGAAAUGAAUACAGGUUCAACCCUGCAAAAUGAAGAGGAGAAAGACGCAGACAACGAUGUAGGAUUCUGGGUGGGACUUGGUCCUGAAGGUGUUUGGGAGAGUUUUAGAUCAUUCCUUCCACUUUCAGUCAUGACAAGAAAACUGGACAAUGAGUACUUCGCCAUGGACGUAGUCAUGAAAGAUGGAAAAAAGCGUGCAAUUCUUAGAGGUCUUGCAACAGUCGCAAACGAUUCAGACAUUAAGUUGGAUAUAAACGUAUGUUCAGUUUCCAAAAGUCAUGAUCCUGAUCAGCCUUCUGAAUUAGUUGAAGGCAAUACUGCCAUUGAAGAAAUCUUUGAAAACCAAAGGCAUAGCACAAUUUUAGGUUGGGGUAACAAGCGGAGUUUCCGUGGGAAUGAGCUAGGUCGUUGGAGCAACAGAAAUCUUUCAUAUUCAACCAAUACUUUCUAUGAACCACCGCUUCCACCUGGAUGGGCAUGGGUGUCAGCGUGGACAAUCGAUAAAUCCGAUUCUGUUGAUGUGGACGGAUGGGCAUACGGGAAAGACUACCAAACCCUAAAAUGGCCUCCAACUCCUCAAAAUGCUUUAAGAACAAAUCAAGAUAAUGUACGCAGAAGACGUUGGAUUCGUACAAGGCAAAAAGACGGUGAACAACAGACAUCAAACACCGGUUCUGCUAUCCGUGUCUUACAACCUAAUUCUUCUUUAGUAUUACCAUGGAAAUCCAUGUCCAAGGAUUCCGAUAGUUGUUUACAAAUUCGCCCUUCUGCUGACCAUGUUCAAGGGCUGUACACAUGGGGUUGUCCUGUUGGGUCAGCUUCUUCUGGUCCUAGUGGGUCGAAAGAGAAAGACAAAGACAAAGACAAAGACAAAGAUCAUUCUUCACACGACUCUAAAGAGAAUUUAUUGAAACCAGGGAAGAAGACGAAGAGUUCUUCAAUGAAGUUGAAUCAACUUGAGAAAAAUGACACACUUUGGUGUUGCCCUACGAGUGAAGGCACACAGUUUUGGCUUAGUGUAGGUGCAGAUGCGUUAGUUCUUCAGUCGGACCUAAAUGCCCCUGUUUAUGAUUGGAAAAUUACGGUCAGUGCCCCUUUGAAAUUGGAAAACCGACUUCCUUGUCCAGCACAGUUCACUAUAUGGGAAAAGUUGGGAAAUGGAAAUACAUCUGAGAGACAGCGUGGCCUUAUACAAUCACGUGCUGUAGUCCCCAUAUAUCAUGCUGAUGUCCGAAAUCCUCUAUUUCUUACAUUAUCAGUUCAAGGUGGAUGGACAUUGGAAAAGGAUCUUGUUCCUAUAUUGGAUCUUUCGACUAAUGCUCACGCUUCCUCAUUUUGGAUGGUCCAUCAGAAUAAAAAAAGGAGAUUACGCGUGAGCAUCGAACGUGACAUGGGAGCAACUGCGGCUUCUCCAAAUACCAUAAGAUUUUUUGUCCCGUAUUGGAUAAGUAAUGACUGUUCUAUCCCCCUUACAUAUCAAGUGGUAGAAAUCGACCCUUCAGAGAGUGCAGAUGCAGAUCCCUUACCAGUUACAAAACCUGCCAGAUCUGGAAAAUUUAGCUUUAGGGGUACUUUUAGUCUCUCAGAGCCAAAAUCAACUGGCUCAAGGAGGAACAUCCAAGUUCUAGAAGCAAUUGACGACACUAGCCCUACUCCCAGCAUGUUUUCCCCACAGGACUAUGUGGGACAGGGGGGCAAUAUGCUGUUUUCAUCUCGAAAUGAUGCCUAUCUUUCACCUCGUGUGGGUAUAGCUGUUGCCACUCAGAAUUCUGAUGUUUUUAGUGCUGGACUAUCACUUCUUGAGCUCGAAAAGAAGCAAAGAGUGGAUGUUAAAGCUUUUAAUACAGAUGGAUCUUACUACAGCCUUUCGAUUCUACUUCACAUGACAUCCGAUAGGACAAAAGUUGUCCAUUAUCAGCCACACACCGUGUUUUAUAACAGGGCUGGAUUAAGCUUAUGUCUGCAACAAUCUGGUACUCAGGCACUUACUUGGCUUCAUCCUAUCGAUACUCCAAAUCUUUUUAAAUGGCAGGCAUCCGUCAAAGUUGAAUUAUUGAAGUUGAAAAUCGAUGGAUACCAAUGGAGUAUGCCAUUUAGUGUUGCAAAUGAAGGCUCCAUGCGCAUUUCCUUGAAAAAUGAAACUACUGGCAAAUAUUUAUAUCUGAAAGUUGAAGUAAGAAGUGGAACAACAAGCUCACGUUUUGAUGUCAUCUUUCGUCCCAAUUCAUUUUCCAGCCAGUACAGGAUUGAAAACCGUAGUAUGUUUUUACCCUUCCAUUUCCGGCAAACUGAAGGUGGUGAUGAUUCAUGGUGUUGUCUUCCUCCUUGUACAACUGCUUCAUAUUCAUGGGAAGAUCUUGGUAGGCAAAAAAUGUUGGAAAUCCGUAUGGAUGAUGACACGAAAGAGCCAACUAAAUACAAUAUUGAUGAUAUUCGUGAUUAUCCACCUGUUCAAGUGGAUGAGGGACCCACUAAAGCAGUGCGUGUUACUAUAAUGAAAGAAGAAAAAAUGAAUGUGGUUAUGAUACGCGACUGGAUACCAGACAACAACGAAUCCAAAGAAGAUACAAGCAAAUCCAUUGUUGCAGCAUCUUCAUCACAACAAACGAAUAGUAAAGAUCUCCAACCAGAAGUUGUCACAUCAGAUUCUGAAGUCCAUCUUACUCUUGAACUCAUAGAAUUCGGAUUAUCAGUUAUCGAUCAUACACCUGAAGAGAUACUGUAUUUAUCGGUGCAGAACCUUCAAUUGUCACAUUCAUCUGGUUUAGGCUCUGGAAUCUCCAGGAUGAAAUUAAGAAUGCGUGGGAUCCAAGUUGACAAUCAGUUGCCUUUGACACCAAUGCCUGUUAUCUUUAGGCCACAAAGACUUGGAGUAGAGGCAGACUAUGUAUUGAAAUUUUCCAUGACACAACAAUCUGAUGGAUCAGUAGAUUUUGCUGCUUACCCUUACAUCGGUUUGCAAGGUCCUGAAAACUCUGCCUUUGUGAUAAGUGUUCACGAACCAAUUAUCUGGCGACUUCAUGGCAUGGUCCAGCAGAUUGACUUUAGUAGAUUCGGUGAUAAUAGUGAAACAACUGCUGUCAAAGUGGACCCCAUCAUUGACAUCGGUGUUCUAAAUAUCUCAGAGUUUCGAUUUAAAUUCUCCAUGGCCAUGUCGCCAACUCAGCGCCCUGUGGGUGUACUCGGAUUUUGGGCUUCCUUAAUGACAGCUCUUGGGAACACCGAAAAUAUGCCAAUUCGUGUAAAUCAAAGAUUCCUGGAAAACUUAUCUCUAAGACAAAGUGUUCUCAUCACAAAUGCCAUCUCAAAUAUCACAAAAGAUAUCCUAAGCCAGCCUCUUCAGCUACUCUCUGGUGUAGACAUAUUAGGAAACGCCAGCAGUGCAUUUGGACAUAUGUCUAAAGGUGUUGCUGCUCUAUCAAUGGACAAAAAAUUCAUUCAAAGUCGCCAGAGACAGGAAAACAAAGGGGUUGAAGAUUUUGGUGAUGUGAUAAGAGAAGGUGGAGGGGCAUUAGCAAAAGGUCUAUUCCGUGGAGUUACUGGCAUUCUAACAAAGCCUCUAGAAGGUGCAAAAGCAUCUGGAGUUGAAGGUUUUGUUUCGGGGGUAGGUAAGGGUAUAAUAGGCGCUGCAGCACAACCUGUAAGUGGAGUCCUUGAUUUAUUAUCAAAAACAACGGAAGGUGCAAACGCAAUGAGAAUGAAAAUAGCAGCUGCCAUUACUUCAGAAGACCUCCUUCUUCGCAGAAGACUCCCUCGUGUUAUCAGUGGUGAUAAUUUACUUAAACCAUAUGAUGAAUACAGAGCACAGGGACAGGUUAUACUUCAGCUUGCGGAAUCGGGUUCGUUCUUUUUGCAAGUGGAUUUGUUCAAAGUGCGUGGAAAGUUUGCAUUAUCGGAUGCUUAUGAAGACCAUUUCUCACUACGUAAAGAUAAAAUACUUCUUGUGACACAUAGAAGAGUCAUGCUCUUACAGACAUCCAACAUUAUAACACAGAAGAAAUUCAAUCCGGCUAGAGAUCCGUGCUUGGUGUUGUGGGAUGUUUUAUGGGAAGACCUGGCAACCAUGGAACUAACAACAGGGAAAAAAGAUCACGCGAAUGCACCUCCAUCGAAGCUUAUCCUGUACCUGAAAUCCAAAACUUCAGAUAACGAUCAGAAACGCGCUGUAAAAUGCUACCGUGAUACCAAACAAGCAAUGGAGGUUUAUUCAUCUAUUGAACAAGCAAUGCGUACGUAUGCGCCAAAAGGAUCGUUGAAGGAAGCACAUAAAAGAAAAGUGAAAAGACCGUAUGCUGCAACAACGGAUGUAUCGACUGCUGAAGCGGUUUUCCUAAAAGAAAGGCCGUGGACUUCAGCUCAAGUGCCUGCACCACUUCCUCCAAAUUCAACUUUUGGCAGCAGCAGUGCCGGUGAUGCUCAUUCUUAGACAUAUGUCGGUUGACUUAAUUAUUAACUCAUCUCUAUAAAAGAGGAUUUCCAUCCUUGAAGGUGGAGAGAAUUUGGAAAGAAAGGUGCCGAUUUUGCUUGUACAAAACAGAUGAUCCAUCUUUUUAUUUGGAAAAGGGUAGGUAUGAUGGUGUUUGGCGUCACUUGUCAGUGGUACUUGUGGAGAGAGAGCAUAUAUAUACAGAGAGAAUAGAUGCAAAU